UCCAUCUCUCUCUCUCUCUCUCAGCUCCAAUGGAGAAUGAGCAGGAAAACAAGGCCUCUUUCAAAUUCAAGAUGCCCCAGAUGAAUUCUUCGGCUGCUGAUCAACAAGCUGGGGGCUCGUCUUCUUCACCUGGCGACGUGAAUCUGAGCAAGACGAAUUGUUCUGUAUGCAACAAGGAGUUCGUGAGUGCUAAAGCUUUAUCUGGUCACAUGAGGGUGCACGGCUCAGCUACCAAGAAACAGCAGGGUCUCGAGGACGUGAUUCGCGCUCGUAAUCAACCCAUCUUGAAGAAGCAGCGCAAUCGAUCUCGAUCUGAUUCGCAGAGUCUAUUGCCAACUCUUCAUCCUUGUGAUCAUUGUAGCAAGGUGUUUCGAACAGCGGUGUCUUUGUUUGGACACAUGAGGUGUCAUCCCGAAAGGGCUUGGAGGGGUAUGAGGCCUCCGUCACAGGAGCUGCCUACGUGGCGUGUUAAGGCCAGGCGGGGUAGAAGAAGUCUCAAGAAUCAAGCUGAGGAGGUUUCGUGGAGCUAUGUGGAUUUGGAUUCGGAUGAGGAUGAGGUGGAUGAUGAAGAGAGGAGGAGGACGCUUGAUGGUGUUAAUGAUUUGUUGCUGUUGAAGAAUUCGGGUUCGUCGGGUUCUUCGGGUUUAAGUACUCUGGCUGCUGCUGCUAAGGGUAAUUCCUACAGGGAAGAGGGUUUUGAUGAAAUGAGAUCUGUGGGUAAUGGUUUUGGUGAGCAGGUUGGUAAGAAGAGGAGGGGAAAUGUUGAUGAUUAUCCUGUUGUGAGCAAAAUGACAAGGGAGGUAGGUGGGUCCAGUGCUGAUCAUAAGAUGAGGGAUUGCAUUGGUUUUGUACACCAGGAGGGUAAUGCUGUGGGAAAUAAUUCUGAUGCUGAGGAUGGAUCUGAUGGUAUAAACACUGAAUUGGUCAUCGGAAACAAGACUCGUGAUAAGGACAAUCAUGGGGAUCUUGCAAUUGGGAAUGGCAAGAGCAAGGGGACUAGGAAGGUGAGGCUGAUUAAAGAGCUGAUGAUCACUCAAGAGAAGCCACCAGCUGUGGGUGGUUCAGGCUCAUCUGCUCAGGCUGCCGCUGCGAUUGCUUCAGAGAAGUACAAGUGCAGCACUUGUGACAAGUGCUUCUCUAGUCCCCAAGCACUGGGUGGCCACAGGUCUAGCCAUUACAAGCUUAAGGUCACCGUCAUCAAUGGGACGGACAGUGUUCCUGAUAAGCAUCCUAUUCAGAUAUCUUCAUCUGUCAGUGCUUUUGCACCACCUGCUCAGACCCUGGUGAGCAAUGAAGAGCUGAACAAGAGCCACCAGCAGCAGCCCCUUAAAAGUGAAGAGUGUGCCACAAAGGGAAACUAUUUUGAUGAGGUUGGUGGGAGCUCAAAGGCUGAUCCUGAUCAUUUCAGCAGCACUGUGUACCAGUGCACUAUGUGCUACAAGGAAUUCCCCUCUGGUCAGGCACUUGGGGGUCACAAGAGGUGCCAUUGGGCUGCUCUAGCUGAUGGCCAAACUGAAGCAGAAGUUCCACCUCUAGUACAAGCUGGAACAUCAGGUGAAGAAGCCGGUACUCAGGCUGGUGGCAAACGAAUCCGGCUUAUGGGAGUCGACCUGGAUGUGCCACCUUCCCUGGUGCCUGAUGCUGAAGAUCUUGUUGCUGCAGGCUGGUACUGA